ACACACACCUUGACCAUCUGUCUGUCUGUCUGCCUCUGUGCGACUGUCUCUGCCAUGUCUCUUUCCCCGUGCAGGGCCAAGAGGGGCUUCAGCGCUCACUCGGCCUGUUCUGCUCUCUCAGGGGGGCGCAGCAAGGGCAGCUUCAGCAGCAGGAGCCUCAGUUCCUUUGGCGGCUGCCGAGGGGCCUCUCGUGGGAGGGCCUGGGGGUCGAGGGGAAGGCAGGGGGUGUGGUUUGGGCAAGGGAGUGGGGGGCCUGGGCUUUCCCUGUGCCCUCCUGGGGGCAUCCAAGAAGUGACCAUCGACAAGAAUCUGCUGACCCCACUGAAGAUUGAGAUUGACUCCCAGUUCCAGGUGGUGAGGACGCAGGAGACUCAAGAGAUCAGGACCCUCAACAACCAGUUUGCUUCCUUCAUUGACAAGGUGCGGUUCCUGGAGCAGCAGAACAAGGUCCUAGAGACCAAGUGGCACUUGCUGCAGCAGUUGGAGGUGAGUGACAGCCCCCGGGGCCUGGAGCCUGUCUUUGAGGACUACCUGGCACAUCUCAGGAGGCAGCUGGAGCAGCUGCAGAGAGAAAGAGGGGCUCUGGAUGCCGAGCUGAAGGCCUGCCAGGACCAGGAGGAGGAGCAUAAGGCCAAAUAUGAGGAGGAGGCCCGCAAGCAUGCCACCGUGGAGAAUGACUUCAUGGUCCUCAAGAAGGACGUGGAUGGGGUUUUCCUGAGCAAGAUGGAGUUGGAAGGCCAGCUGGAAGUUCUGAGAGAAUACGUCUGCUUCUUGAAGCGUCUGUAUGAAGAGGAGCUGGGCCAGCUGCAGAUCCAGGCAAGUGACACAUCUGUGGUUCUGUCCAUGGACAACAAUCGCUGCCUGGACUUCAAUGACAUCAUUGCCGAGGUCCGCGCCCGGUACGAGGAGAUCACCCAGAACAGCAAGGCUGAGGUUGAGACCCUGUAUCAGACCAAGUACCAGGAGCUUCAGGCAUCGGCCCAGCUUCAUGGGGACAGCAUGAAGGAAACCAAGGUCCAGAUGUCCCAGCUGCAGCAAGCAAUCAAGAGGCUGCAGAGUCAGAUCGCCAGUCUCAAGGAGCAGAAUGCCAACCUGCAAUCAGCCAUUGCUGACGCUGGGCACCGUGGGGAGCUGGCCUUGAAGGAUGCUCAGGCCAAGCUGGACGAGCUGGAGGGUGCUCUGAGAACGGCCAAGCAGGACAUGGCCCGGCUGCUGCGGGAGUACCAGGAACUCAUGAGCACAAAACUGGCUCUGGACGUGGAGAUUGCCACCUACCACAGGCUGCUGGAGGGAGAGGAGUACUGGAUGUCAGGAGAAUGCAGCAACCAGGUCACUAUCUCGACUGUGGGAGGCAGUGCCGUGGUGUCUGGAGGAGUUGGUGAUGGCCAGGUGGGCACUUGUGGACUCAGAGGACCCGGAGGCGGGAGAGGCAGCUUUGGGUCUGGCUGUUCCAGCAUUGUGACAGGAGGCUUCAGUGCCAACUGGGGCUCUGGACAGGGACCUGCUUUGGGUUCCUGCUCUGUGUCCGGCUCUGGCUUUGGUUCUGGCUCUGGCUCCUGCUCUAGCCGCGGUACCAUCCUGAAGAAAACGGUAGAGUCAAGUGUGAAGACGUCCAUCACAUACUGA